UUUCCCUUUCUGGUGAAAGGGGACUGGAGCAUUAUGACAGUCAAGUCUUUAAAAGCUUAUGAGUUCCCAGAGUCCUUGCCGAGUAGCCGCUGCCUCCGCUGAUGUUGUCGGAUGUCAAUAAAGAGAGGUUGAAGGCAACACUUCUCAUGGAGCAGGUAACAUCGAAAGGUGCUGGCUUGAACCCCAACGCAAAAGUGUGGCAAGAAGUGCCCCAGGGCAGUGCUGAGGCCGUGCCCCCCACCAAUGGCACAGAGCACACGUGGCAGGAGACAGCAGCAGCCCAGGGGACUCCAGCUGAGGGUAACAUAGAGAUCUCAGAGGACAGCUGCAAGCAGUAUGAAGUGAUGUAUUCCCCGUCCUGUGAAGCCACAAGGAAUGGCACAGGAGUUGAUGAGGCGUCAGCAAAUGGAAUUGUCCUGGCGACUGAAGAUCUGGGAUACCAAAUCUAUGAAGUGUCUGGCGAUGGCAGCUCCACUGUGUCCACAGAAGAUAUCAGAGAAUGUUUGAGAAAACAGCUUGAAUUCUGCUUCUCUCGAGAGAAUCUUUCAAAGGAUCUCUACUUGAUGUCUCAGAUGGACAGUGAUCAGUUUGUUCCAAUAUGGACAAUUGCCAACAUGGAAGGGAUUAAGAAGCUGACAACGGACAUGGACCUUAUUCUUGAAGUUUUGAGAUCUUCUCCUAUGGUACAAGUGGAUGAAAGGGGGGAGAAAGUCAGACCAAACCACAAACGAUGCAUUAUCAUUCUCCGUGAGAUCCCCGAAACUACACCUAUAGAGGAGGUGAAGGCUCUGUUCAAGAAUGAGAACUGCCCCAAGGUGAUAAGCUGUGAGUUUGCUCACAACAACAACUGGUACGUUACAUUCCAGUCUGACACCGACGCCCAGCAGGCAUUCAAAUACUUAAGGGAAGAAGUGAAAACCUUUCAGGGCAAGCCAGUAAUGGCCAGGAUAAAAGCCAUCAACACGUUUUUUGCUAAGAAUGGUUACCGGGUGGUGGAUUCCAGUGUGUAUCCCCAGCCCGUGCAGACCCAAGCCCAGUUUGCCUCCCCCCUGUUUAUGCAGCCUGUAUAUAGCCCUCAGCAGUACUCCAUUUACAGCAUCGUGCCUCAGACGUGGUCUCCAAAUCCUGCACCUUACUUUGAGACACCACUGGCCCCGUUUCCCAACGGUGGAUUUGUGAAUGGCUUUAAUACACCAGGAUCAUAUAAAACAAAUGCUGCUUCUCUGAGUAUAGGUCGCCCAUUCCACAGGAAUCGGGUCAAGCCCCAUUUCCGCUCAUCCAGCAGCUCGGAGCACCCGGAGGGGCCGCCCGGCGCCGGGGCGCUGCCCAUGGGGGACCUGAGCAGAACCAGCUCCAGGAAUUUUGUCAUGGAGCGCCACAACAGCUCAUUAACGGGGCACCAAGACCAAGGCUAUUCCCAGAAGGAUUCUCCCACGGCACAGCUGGAGCAGAACGGCGAUUACGGCGUCGGCAGGGGCAGGAGGAACGUGUUCAGAGGUCGCAGGAGACGGGAGGACGACCGGGUUUCAAGACCUCAGCCUUCAGCAGAAACAAAGACUCAGACACCAAAGUUUGACUUGCUUGCAUCCAAUUUCCCACCUCUGCCUGGCAGCACAGCAAAAAUCCUGGGAGAGCCUGUGCUGGAGAGCAGGAUGUCCGACGUCGUUAAAGGAGUCUGCAAAGAGAAGGAAAGCAAAGACUCCCUGUGCCCCUGCCCUGCUCCUGCUCCUGCUCCAGAAGAACAAACGCCCAGCACUGCCCAACCACCCGUGCCCAGUGUGAGCUCCCCGAGCCAGACUGAGCCUGUGGUGCUGAGCACGGUUCAGCCAGAGAGCAAACCAGAGGAAGUGUCUGCUCCAAAGGAUGUGGCCAGCCCGGCUUCUCCGCCGGCAUCCGUCUGUCCCAUCAGUGCUGCAAAGCCGCCGAGGACAAACACCUCCUCACCUUCUGCUCAAGCAAGUGCAGCUCCUGCUCUGUCAACACAGGAGCCUCGCAAGCUCAGCUACGCCGAAGUUUGCCAGAAGCCCCCAAAGGAGCCCCCUCCAGUCCCCGUGCAGCCUCUGAGGGAGCACCGCACCAACAUCGUGGCCCCUGCCAAAAGCGAAGAGAACGGUACGGCGGAGAAGGCUCCGGAGAAGGCUCCUCACGAGAGGCCCGAGGGGAGAAUGAAGGAUUUCUGCGGCUUCCGCGGCAGCGGAGCUCCCAGGGGAGCUGCUGCCAAAAUCAGGGAACAGAGGCGCCAGUUUGGACGCAGAUCUUCGCCUCAGGGAGCGCCGCGCCGCGCGGGCAAGGAGCAGUUCGUGCCACCCCGGUCACCAAAGUAACGCUGGGCCAGCCAAUGAUUCUGUUUCACUUGAGCUGUGGACUAAAGAGCAGCAGAGAGACUGAGGAGGAGGGAAGGAUUCGGGAAGGGGAGUAUUGAACUGGAGUGUGGCUUGUGUGGAGAAGUUGUGGAGGGUCCCAAAAUUCAUCUCUAAAAGUGAUUUCACAAAUGCUGGAGGAUUCCAAUCACUAUAAAUAUAGAGAUUAUAAUUUUUGUAUUUUUGUUUUUAAUUUGCAGAGGGUUUCCUGCUUGAAAUCAGCUUUGGGAUUGUGAAAGUAGCGUUUUGACAAAGUGAAAGGAUAUGAGUUGACAAAUUAACCUGUCCCUCGGUGUAGGAGGCAAAGGAUAAGAGAAUAUUAUUUUUGGAAAAUGAGCAUUUCUGUAAAAUUAGAACUUUUUUUAACCUAUUUAACGUUUGGCUUGUGGGCUGGUCUGUCUGCCAUGGAUGGCCUGGCAUUGCAGAGGCCUCUGCAGCAGCAUGAGCGGAGCGAGUGCAGCCAGACCUGUUGUCAUCACUUAGUCACUGAUGAUGAAAACUGAAUGUACUACUGUAGUGUAACCCAUGUGUUUCCAGCUUGAAGUAGAGUCUCUUGACCUUACUAAUAUUUCAUUCAGCAAGCUUUUUAAGGUAUAAGUUUUGCAGGGUACUGGAUUGUAGAUGAGAGUGUGUGGACAGCAGAAAUUGUCUCGUAGACGCAGUGGAAGGAGGCAAAGGGAGCAUGUGAGAAUCUUUAUUAUGCCCUUUUUGCUCGCCUCCUUUUGAGGGCAACUCCUUAGGUUUGGGGUUUUGUUUGUUUGCUUUUUCCCUCUCUUGUUACUUUCUCUAAUUUCUUUAUUACAGACUUCAGUGCAUUUUUCUUGGUGUGUUUUCCUGAGGCAGCCCCAGGGUAGGAUGGGCAGGUGGUGUUACCUGCACAGGUAAGGAGCCUGGAAUUCCAGCUGCAGAUGCUGAAUUCUGCCUUGCAGGUGGGAACUCUGGGCACUCUCUGUCAUCUCUGGAUGACUGGGCAGCAAACCAGAGCUGUGGCUGGGUUUUCUCUGUGCUGACUCUGGAAUAGGCUGUUGGCUGCUGUAUUGCCAGAAAUCAGGGUUUAGGCUCCUGGGAACUCGUUGUUUACAGCUGAUGUCAUAGCAACUGACUCUUUUUAACUGUUUAAAGUGGAACUAAAGAUGCAGAGUUAAGGAAAUCCCCUCUGGAGCAGUGGCUCCUUGCCAGCUGUGUGCUGACUGAAUUUGCAACACUAUUGUGCAGUAAGUGGUUAAGUUUCAGGGUGAUUAAUGACCGAAAUAGGAACAUUCAGCGCAUUAAUCUGCCAAAAUCAGCAUACCAGGGUUCAAAGUUCUGUAUAAAGCGUUAGGGAAAAGUAGCUUCCAGCAGUAAGAAUCACAUCUUUAUUUUUUCCUCUUUUUUUUUUUUAGUGAAUAGCAAGUGUACAAAUUUAAAGUUGUAAGUUGUGAACACUGGAAAACUCAAUUGUGAUAUAUUCCGUAACCAUCUUAGUAAUAUAUGCUCGUGUUGCCAUAGAAUGAAUGUAAGUGGCAGUUAAAAUAACUGUGAAAUUUUUCAUCUUCUGAUUUCUUAGCCAGAUAACCCUUGGCGACUUGGGCCUCAGUAGGAAUUCUCUAUCAACUGCUUGGAGAACACUCAUAUCUAUUUUUAUAAAUAUAUAUAUAAAGCCAGAGUUGUCAUUUCUCUAACUUAUUAUUCAGCUUGGCAAUUGCUUUGAGUUGAUUCAUAACACAAUAUAAUGUAUUUAUGCAGUUAACUGUUCAUUUCUAGGCAUGUUACAAAAGAGAGAGUCAGAGAAUCACCGAAUGGGCUGACUUGGAAGGGACCCAUCAGGAUCAUGGAGUCCCAACUCCUGGCCCUGCCCAGACACCCCAAAAUCCCACCCUGUGCCUGAGACCAUUGUCUGGAUGCUUCUUGAGAUCAGACAGGCUUGGAGCUGUGACCCCCUUCACCUGGGGAGCCUCUUCAGUGCCCCACACCCCUCUGGGAAAGGAUUUUUUCCUAUCUCCCACCUCAACCUUCUCCAGCUCAGCUUCCUGCCAUUUCCUCGGGUCCUGAAGUAUGUAUACAUAUAUAUAUUUUUAUAUAUAUAUAUGUAUAUAUAAACCCUAAAAUCACUAUUCACUUUGAAACUACCUGUACUGGGUUUGGGAGGUUUUUUUUUUUAAUUUGGUGAAAAAAAAUCGUUGAUCACAUCCACAGUUAGGGAUCCUUACAGACCCUUCUCCAUUUAUUUUGAUGAUGCUACUCUUGUUGGAACAAUAGGCAAGUUUAAAUAUUUAGUGUCAAAGUCCUGAAAUGCAGUGAAUGCGAAGUUGAAUUAGUUUUAAAGGCUCUAAACAAUUCCUGCAGCCAAACUGGAACAAAACAAGCCUGUAGGGUGGUUCAUGGGUGUUCAGGGGAGAUGUGUUCUGGGACGUUGAGGCAGCGUUGGGAUCUGACAGCUUUGGCUGUUUGGAGGAGGAAUUGAGAGGAAAGUGGGCUGGGAAAAAAUUCCCUGAUCCAGUGUCAGUGACUUGCUUGUGCUGCGAGGGUCUGAGUGGUGAAAUGGAGCUUUGAGGGAAAACCCAACCCAGCUGUGGCUUCAUCUUCCUCGUGGGGUGUGGGAAGGGGGUGCUCUGUGAUCCUGGGGUGUCCCAGCAGCAGCAGCUCCUGCCUCGUGUGCAGGGGAUGCAGGUCAGGCUGUAGCUGUUGGCUUUUCCCAGCAUAUCCAAACUUCCCUCAGCUUAGGGCACUUGGAACGAUGAAUUUCACACCUGCAUGCAAGGGUUUCACGUUCCUUCCUGCAUGCAAGGAUUUCACGUUUCAAAUUCCACCAUUUCCAGCUGUGGUUUGGGGUUUGGUUUUUUCUUUGUUUUAUUUUUUUGCUUUCUAUUCUUUUCUGUGCAGGGGGAAAUUCCCAGUUGGAUACAGAGGCUGUGAAGCUGUGUUGGGGUGGGAGUUCUCCUCAGCACUGGGACCUGGCAGGGACUGGCUUUGCCUUUUCCUCUCAUGCUGGGCUGGGAGGGAUCUUGCGUCUGUCCCAGCAGUUUGUCCUUUGGGCAGACUGGGGAAACUGGGACAGAGGGGUGGUUUGGAACCAGACCCAAGCUCCUGGAUUCACCUGGCUCCAGGUGCUCUCCAAGGGCCCAGAGCUCUCCUGUUCCCUCUGGGGUUACCCUCGCGGGAUACAAACUGUCCUGCUCUGCUGAUGUUAAAUACCAGGAGGUGCAAAUCACACCUAACUUUCAGUUUUAGGAACUGUGACUUGUUUUCAGAGUUGUUGACUUCUGUUUGGGACAGAAAUACACUUCCCAGUUCAGGUCUUUUCCAAAUUACUGCGUGUGGAAAAGAUUGGGGCACUCUCUCGUGCUUCUGCUGGGGAGUGAAAAGAAGAAAUUCUUUGCAUGUGAUAGUAAAACUAAAAGUGCAAAAAGUUUUGUUUCUUUUGAUUUCUAACAUUAAGUUAGUUUUAUAGUAUCUUACAUUCCUGCUCUUGUUGUUUUGUUGGUUUUUUUGUUUUUCUUUAAUUAGCCUGGCACAGUAUGAUGGUGCAGUUUUAGCUGUAGGAAAUAAAAAAAGUAACCCACUAUUAACCA